UCCCGGUCUCUCAGCUCAUACUUGACCUACAUAAUAUUGAUUUUCUUCGUCUUCACAUUUACAAACUUUCAUUCAUCCCUUUCAUUGUGUUGCGGUAUAGCUCUGCUUUAGAUACUUUUUGAUACCUAUUUCAAAAUGUAUAAUUUUGUUAUUUCUCAUGACUUCAGAGGAUCCAAAAUCUGUUGCACUUUCCUUGCCCUCGUGCUUGGCCUUUUCCUCAUCGACAAACCCGCUCAUGCGGCUGAAAAUCAGAACUCCCAAUCCAACCUAUGUCUCGACCCUUCCUUGAUUCAAGAAGCCGCCAAAAGCAAUGGACUCAAAGAUCCUACAAACCCCCUACACAAUACUAAAUCACUUACCUCUUCGAACAACUUCCUGGAUUUUUGCCGUGGCGCCAGACUGACGAACGGUGAACAAGUCCCCGAGGGUUCCUGUAACCCUACACCAAUGGGUUCCAUCCCUAGCAAGCAAAACAUGCCCUCAGUUAGGAUAAUCGGACCUUCACCAGACGCCAUAAUCCCGCCCAAUGCGGACUUCGACGUGGACAUAUUUGCUCACAAGAUAGAGUUGGGCUUUUUCACAUCCCCCUCGAACACCUAUUAUCUUGCUCCCCAGCAAUUGAGUUCAAAAGGAUUAAUUAGAGGACAUACGCAUAUUGUGAUUCAGAGAUCGGUUGGGAGGCGGGUUUUUGAGACGCAAGAAACUGUAUUUUUCAAAGGUGUUACGAACAGAACUGUCAAUGGACAAGUUAAGACACCCGUCAAAGGCGGAUUGCCCGCUGGAUUUUAUCGUAUCUCGACCCUUACUGCUGCGAUGAACCACCAGCCUGUAGUCCUUCCCGUCGCCCAAAGGGGUGCAGUGGAUGAUGCAAUCUACAUUCGUGUUGGCUCUUCACGCCGUGCGUCCAAGAAAAGGGGGGGCAAAAAAAAGUCUGCUGAAGCGUCUGAUAACGCUUCGAACACCUCUAACGGCGUUUCCGACGGAGCAAGUGACGAUUCCUCAGAUGAGAAGAAAGUUGGCAAGAGUAAACAUAAGAAGGACAGAAAGUAAUGACUUUUCUUCUCUCUAGGCAUGCCGAGCUAAGAAAAGGAAGUCGUAACUCGAUUCUCGGACACUAGCAUUUUUUUUUCUUUUCCUAUAUUCUUCCUUUUUUUGACACAGGCGCCAAGGCCCGUUCAAAGAGACACGGGGCCUGGAAACCCUAGAAGUGAUUCGAGAUCCUUCGCGGCUGCAUAUUGAGCCUUAUCAAACUCAGGCUAGUUGAAGACAUGUGUAUAUUCUGAUCUUCCUGUUUUGUUCCUGUUUUAUUUUCUUUCUUUUUCUCUUCCUUUGCUUCAUGGAGAUUUUAUCUGUAUUCAUUCUUUGAUCUGAUUCAGUUUAUAAGAAGAAAAAAACAAUAUCAACAACCUGACCGCAUAAGAAA